GGAGAAGCAUUGGCUACCGCACAGCACGUGAGCACAGCCAUGGUAGAGGUCCACAUCCCCAAGCGCGGGAUCCACGGGCGCCUGGAGCCCUCGAGGCUGGACGAGGAUGGGCUGCCGGAGGACCUGCGGGAGCUGAGAGACCUAGAGGCGCUUGAGAAGAAGGCCAUCGAGCAUUUGGAGCGGUCCAACACGGAGCUCUACAACUUCCUUACGGAGGAGGAGGACAAGGAUUUCCGGGAAGCCAUCGCGGAAAAUCUCCAAGUCCUAGAAAGAAAACAUGCGCGGCUGGAGAAGAUACUGGAGAAGAUUUUGGAGCUGACACCCAACCAGGGCCCAGUGGAGCUCAUGCCAGCGCCAAAGCCAGCGCCAAAGCCAGCGCCGGCGAAGGCCGCAGGUUACGCGCCGCAGGCCCUGCCCGAGGGCCUGGACCUGUGAGUCGAAAAACCUACAGUUGCAGAG